UGAGACGAACGGGUGCAAAUAGCUCAUAAGCCAAAUCCCGAAUAUUCCUGGAAAUAAUAUCCCGGCCAUUGGAUUCUACAAUUGGCGCAGCGCGGUACGAUCGAAAUAUUGGAUAAGAUGAACGCUGAUUACAAAACAAGUUGGCCAUUGGAGCCAUUCAACGAUGCAGUGAAUGGACUAGACCUCAGACGUGAGUGGGAAGAAUGGCACCGGUCAUUCGAGCUACUGGUGGAAAUGCGCAACGUCGAAACGCAGCAUGAGAAGCUGGUGCUCUUGCUGACACUAGGCGGUCGUGGCUUGCAACGAAUUUAUUAUAAUCUUGGCCCAGUUAGUGAUGAAAUUCAACCAACGCCGGUUCCAAUACCAUUCAUGCCGGAAGAGGAUCCAGAAUAUGAUAACGCGAUAAAACGCCUUCAAAAGUUUUUCAUCGGAAAGAAGAAUGAUCGCAUCGAGCUGGAAUUGUUCCGUUCAAUGAGGCAAUCAAGCGACGAAUCAUUUAACAAUUUUAUUCUGAGAUUGAGAACACAAGCCACGCGAUGUGAAUUCAAGGACCGUACUGAAAUGGAAAUCCUACAUCAAAUCACGAUGGGCGCUAAGGACGAGAGAGUACGCGAUAAAGGAUUGGAGAAUAUGAUCAACUUGGACGAACUGGUAAAUUAUGCAGUUAACCGCGAAAUACUGAUGAAGCAGAAAGAAAAGACAAAGCCAUUCGGUAACGAGAUUGGACCGGUAGCUGUGGCUGCUGUCCGACAAACACAAAUGCAAAGACCAAGAUUCAGAAGCGUGCGAGGGAGUUAUACCGGUAACCGUACCUUCCGUGAGAGGUCCUUUAACCGAGACAAUAGACCGAUCAAGCGGGAGACCAUGUCCGAAUGUGGUCGGUGUGGCUCAGACCGUCAUCAAACGGAUUCGAAUGGAUGCUCGGCUCAGAAAGCAAGAUGUAAUAACUGCGGUCGCAAAGGCCACUUCGCUCGAAAAUGUUUCACAAGGCAAACCGUUGAACCCAGAUACAACACUCAUCGAACUCAAAUCACCGAAGAGGCUAACACUCUUGGAAGAGAUGCCGAAUGGAAGGAGGAGCUGCCCCACCGUCCAGAACCAGGAGAAAUGCUCAAGGCAACAAUGUCGAAUCGGAACAGUGGCACUAUCACAUGUUUUGUUGACAAAACUCCGAUAGACUUUCUCGUUGAUUCGGGGGCUUCAAUAAAUACUGUCACGAACGAAGCAUGGCUUGCUCUAAAGGAACAGAAAGCGAAGAUAUUCAAAACUAAAUUUAAAUGCGAUCGACAAUUUAGGGCAUACGCAAGCGAAGCACCACUGAGUGUGCUUUUGGUAUUCGAAGCAUGGAUCUCGAUCAAUGAUACAAAGCCGAACGCUUAUGCCGAAUUUUUUGUAAUAGAAGGGGCAAACAAAUGCCUUUUGAGCAAAAGGACCGCAGAGGAUCUAAAGGUGCUGAAAGUCGGUUUAGACGUCUGCAGGGUGGAACCAGAAAUUGACCCCUUUCCGAAGUUCCCAAAUAUACAGGUGAAGCUGACAAUUGACAAGAGCGUGCUUCCGCGGAAAUUAGCUUAUUUGCGAGUUCCUGCUCCGUUAGAAUCACAAGUUGAUGCAAAAAUUUCUGAAAUGCUACGUAGGGAUAUCAUAGAGCGAGUUAAUGGACCCCCAGAAUGGAUUUCUCCUAUGGUCGUGGUUCCCAAAGGCAAAACGACGUUCGACUCUGUGUUAAUAUGCGUUAUCCUAACGAAGCUAUUCAGCGAGAGCACUAUCCGUUACCCGUUAUCGACACGUUCCUUAACAAAUUGA